AUGAUACGAGCACUACAGCUUCUAAGCCAGUUCGAAUAUGAAUGGAGCAGGUAUCAACAAUGCGGUGAAAGUAGUCUAAGUGCAAGGUAUGGAAUAAGUGCGACUUCAAACUCAACUCUAAGCUCAACUGCUAGUCGUAGGUCGAGCAGUUCCCUUGUAUCAGAAUCGGAAUUAGAAUCUUCGUGUGCAUCAACCACCACCUCGGCCUCAAUCUCAAAAGAUCAAUCAGAGAUAGGUCAACAAAGAAAACAAGCAGUGCAAGAAGGCAAACGAGAAGUACAAGAAACAAAUCAAGAAGUGGAAGAAAACAAAGAGAAGGAUUUGAUCAGGUCACCUUAUUUCCCAAAACAAUCGAGAUUUGAUCCGAAUCACAACACCAAUAACAAGAUGAAAACUAGAAGUCAAACGUCUCCCAUCCAAGUAAUCUCCAGCCGGAAAGCUGAGGAUCAAGUGGGAGUGAGAUUACUCACUCCACCAAGUACACUAAAUAUCUCCACAUCGAAGAGGACGAGCUGGGAUGGAAAGCAAAAUAAAAGAGGUCUGGAAGAUAUUGUCAAUCAUGAUGAGGUCGUAAAUCCCUUGACACCCGAUAGUUUACCUAAAAGGAAUAAAAGGAUCAAGAAGGAUGUUGUAGUUGAGAUACCCCUCACUACACCUAGCAAAGUAGCGAAGAACAACAAAGAGGUGCAGCAGAAGAGUGGUCCUGGGGCAAAGAAGAAGAAGAAGAAAGAGAAAGGCGAAGAGAUCAAGUCAAAAGCGAAAAAGGGGAGUAGGAAAGGCAAAGAUAAAAACAAUACAAGCGGGGCAAAUCUUGGGGAAGAACGUAAAGAAGAAGUGAAUGUUGUUUCAGAAAAUGGAGUUAGGGAAAGUAUAGGUAAAAUACAUCUCAUACAAGAGAAACUGCGGUAUAAUCCUUGGAAAUUACUUAUAGCUACUUCACUCUUGAAUAAAACAUCUGGUAGAGCAGCAAUACCGAUACUUGAGAUUCUUUUGGAAAGGUAUCCUACUCCAAAAGCUUUAGCUGAAGCAUCCAUACCUGAUCUUUCAAUACUCCUUUAUCCACUUGGAUUAUACAAUCAAAGAGCUUCUUCCCUCGUAAGAUUCUCAAAUCAAUAUCUUGAUUGGUCUUGGCCACUAUACGAUGAUCCUUCUUCACUUUUCAAAAACAAUUUAUCUCCAUUGAUCACUACCGACUUACCUCCCAUACCAAACCUCAGAACGCCUAUUGAACUCCCCAUCCCAUCGGAGACCUCUUCCUCUCCCUCGGUAAAGAUGGGAGGUACAAAAGGAAAGGGAAAGGGAAAAGCAAAAUCGGACACAGAGAUGGACGUGGAGAUAUUCCAUGGAGCAGGUAAAUACGCUUCGGAUAGUUUUAGGAUAUACAGUCAUUUAUUAAAAGGUAGAGGAGCCCCUGAAAAAGAAAGUGAAUGGUUACGAAAGGGUGAAAGAGCGAAAUCGAAAAUGAUCGAUGAUGGUUAUAAAUGGAAUGGUGGUGUAGAAGAAUUGAAGAACUGGUUAUCGGAUGAUGAUGAAGGAGUAGAUGCGGUAGUAGGAGAAGAAGAAGAAUGGAGGAAAGUUAGACCUUUAGAUAAGGAACUGAGGAGAUAUCUCAUUUGGAGAUGGGGAAUAGAAGGUAUCGUCUAUGAUAUCUAUACAGGCCCAAGGAUAGUCAAGGAUCGAGAUCGAAGGAGAUUGAGCUAUCUAUUGAAGCAACAGGAAUAG